UCGAUCAUCGAACUCGGCGACGGUGGCUGGCGGAUGGGGGGAGCGGUUGGGUGGGGGGACGCGACGGCGCGCGCGGGACGCGUGGCGUCACGCCUGCCGGCGCCAAUGAGCAGCUCGCAUGGGAGUCGGUAGGGCCGGCGUCACGGCUGUCGUCACAGGUGGUAAACCAAUGGCCGCGGCCGGCGCAAGUAGAGACCGCCGAUCGCGGGUCCCGGACUGCAAAGGGAUUCCAGCGCGCGGUCGGCUCGAGUCGCGCUGCGGGUGUGCCCCGGGCCCCCUUUUCUUUGCCCCCGGCGUGCGAGCUCGGCGGGACGGCGCGCCUCAGCCGCGGUGUCCUGCGUGCGCACUUCGUCGUCCUGCCACGAGGCGCACCGGUUUGUGCGAAUGCCUCGUUGGAAAGGCUUCUUCCAUCCCGGGCGUCUUCUUUGAAUCAUCCAAAUGCUCUGCCUGACCUGCGCGGGCCUCCCAGAGAACCUCGGCAGUGCAGCUCUACGUAAGCCACCGCACUGAAAGCGCUUUCCGAGCGCGUUUCCCGCCUUCACCACUGAGUCGUACGCUUGCGAGAGCUCCGGACCACAUCGGAGCGACACCUUAUCGACACGUUGGCGAGUGACACCUUAUCCGGCAUCCGUACGUCGUGGCGUCAGGUGCAGCAAGCUUUGAAGGAAGCCCGUAGCUGUGCUCCGCGGGCAGUCGGCAAAACCCUCGACACCACCACUGGUCGAAAAUCUGGCCCUCAAAAAGUUUGGAAACCUGUGCUGUAGAACAUUCUCUUCACUCGCCAUGGCCUCACGUCUCGAUGGAAGCGAGCUAUACCCGUCCGCGCCCUGACAAACACGGACUGCUUUCAUAAACGAUUUAAUUUUCCAUUUCAUCGGCUGGAACGCUUGUUACCCAGACGCACACUCUUAAAACAAAUCACGGAACAGCAUCAGUAAACAACGGGUGUAGGAACUGCACCGGUACACUUCAGUCGGCACUGCGUCAUGUACCCGGCCCGAGCCGCAGACCCGAGGCUUCGCAGCGAGCCUUGACCCAGACUGAUAGCGGGGCCCCAUCCGGCAUCACUCCUCUGCGGUCGGCGUGACUUGCUUGACUCAGCGGCCGAGGAAGUGGGAGCCCGAGCGAGUGCGACACAACGGCGCCCAGAUUGCAGCCCGGCGUCGAAUUAAUAGGGCCGCGGAGGGGACCGACCGGAAGCCGUGAAGCUGCCAGAUUAUUGCCCGCUUCCCGUCGCCCAAGAUCGCAGUCGGCCCCAAGCGCCGCCCAAGCAGCGGCUCGCACGGGCGUCGCGGGGCAUUUGUGCGACCGGUGUCGACACGGUCUGACGCGACCGCAGAGGCUGCGACAACAGCGCGGUUCCGCACUUCCUCUGGUACCGGAUUGGGACACCAGCCAAAAUGAGGUCACGACCUGACAAGCUGUCAAUCGCCGCCAGCACUCCGGGACCGCCGGCUUGUGCGCAGGACUAGCCGCCUGUCUUCGUCGUGUCGUGUCCGAAGCGAACUAUUUACUUUGUUCUUAGGUCUACAUAGAAGGGCUUCCUCGAGAUGCUUUGCAUGAGGGACUGACGACGUGCUGACUGGGAGCAAACGUUUUCAGCGUCACUCUUCUUGUGGUCUCCUCUCCGCCGUCCGCCAUCUACUUGUGCGUAGUGUGUAACUUAUCUCGCCCUGCUGCAGUAUUGUCGAAGGCCCACUUAAGAUGGCCGCGAAAUACGGGAGCACCUGAAUGUGAUACAAGAAAACAGAGCCAAGAAACCCUAACGUUUCGGCUUUUUGUUCGCGCUUUAUUUUAAUUGUCUCUGUAGAUCGACCUGGACAAAGGCAGGGUAGCUUGUUCGGUUAGUUUGUAACUCGCUGCGAAGCCAUUUCAUAUUUAAGUAACGGCUGUAUCGUAAAAUUCACUGCGGCAUGUAUGCGUGCUGAGCAUCACACAAGUGAUUGUCGGGCGGAUUUUGUUUGAAACACGUCCAGUAACGCUUUUGGCAGGUCGCCUCUUCCCAUACACACUGUAUUACGAAGGAGCGCGCUGCUCGCUCAAAGUCACUUGCACAAGAGUCGAGAUCCCGGUAUGCCCUAGCCAUGGAUCUGUAUCUCAACGACAGUGUCUUCGGCAGCAAUGGCACGGGAGCUGAAGGCGUGUCUCUCGUCAACCUCAGCUCGGAAGACAUCAUGACUGAGAACAUGUACAUAUUGCCAUGGUGGGGCCAGGCGGCCUGGACUUUGCUCUUCGGGAGCAUGGUUCUCGUGGCCACAGGAGGCAACCUGAUCGUUAUCUGGAUAGUGCUGGCGCACAAACGUAUGCGCACGGUCACAAACUACUUCAUUGUCAAUUUGAGCUUAGCAGACACGAUGGUGUCAACAUUGAACGUCAUUUUCAACUUUAUCUACAUGCUAAACGGGGACUGGCCGUUCGGAACAGCCUACUGCAAGGUCUCCAACUUCAUUGCCAUUGUGUCUGUGGCAGCCAGCGUGUUCACCCUAAUGGCCAUCUGCAUUGACAGGUACAUGGCGAUCAUGCGUCCACUGCGGCCUCGGAUGUCCAGGGCGACGACGCUGAACAUCGCCAUCUGGAUCUGGGUGGCGAGCAGCCUGCUCUCGCUGCCCAACAUACUCUACUCGACCACCAAGGCUGAGAUUUUCGCCAACGGCGACUCUCGCGUCAUAUGCUACAUCUUCUGGCCCGACGGCGACGUCACCGAGAGCCACGACGAAUACGUGUACAACGUGGUGAUCCUGAUUGUGACCUACAUGAUACCGGUGACAUCGAUGGCCUUCACCUACUUCCGCGUUGGCCGUGAGCUGUGGGGGAGCCAAAGCAUUGGCGAGUGCACAGCCAAGCAGAUCGAAGCCAUCAAAUCGAAAAGAAAGAUUGUGAAGAUGAUGAUCGUGGUGGUGGUAAUUUUCGCCGUGUGCUGGCUGCCGUACCACGUGUACUUCCUGGCCACGCACCACCACCCGGAGAUCACUCAGUCUGACUACAUCCAGCAUGUCUACCUGGCCAUCUACUGGCUCGCCAUGUCCAACUCCAUGUACAACCCCAUCAUCUACUGCUGGAUGAACAGCAGGUUCCGCGAGGGCUUCAAGCGUGUGUUCUGUUGCCUGGCCUUCAGCGACAAGGAGACCGCGCAGCUGCGUCAGCACAUGGCGGCCACGCGCUACUCGUGCUCGGAGCCGUACGCCGACACUCGGGUCACGUUCAACGGGACCGCCACGGCCGUCCCGCUGCACACGCUCACUGAAACCAUGAGCGCAGGAAACCUGACCAGCGCCGGCCCGGCAAAGUUCAGGGGCUGCGGCUCGGACGUGUGACGAAUGCUGCCGCCGGCCCGGUCGGCCCGGCUCGGCCCGCACGCCAGUGCGGCGGCGCACGCCAUCUGAGUCCGCGGCGAACACCCCCCACCGCAAAACACUGCUCGGUCGCGCACAAAGCGCUCGACUUUAACGCGCGAACACGAGGGGGGGGGGGGGUCUGUUCCACCACUGCGUCGGGCACCUGUCCGAAUCAAUCCCCCAGUUUUCUUUUCUUCGUCUUCUUUAUUAUUCAAUCGCUAGUUUCGUCGCUCUCGUUGCACUUUACUCCCGUGGGGCUGCUUUGCGGCAGAUAGGUCCGAGGGCAUAUAAGAAUGACCGAACCGACCUGAAGCAGAGGUCCUGUGACGUCGGAUUUUGACGACGCAGGCCACAGCGCCGAGGACGUCAGGAAAGGACGUUCCGACCUCAUUCUUGCUUGAGAUAGGAAAGACGCCGUGGCUGGCGUCGGCUGCGCAUAGCGAGAACAAAAAGCAGAAUAAGGGAAGCAAAACUAUUAAACUAUCAUACUUUCCUGCAAAUAUUUUUGGCGGUGUUGAAGUUGCCUGUUCGUUACCUCCUACCUGCGUUAUGAUGUCAUAAGUACUUACCAAUGGCAAGGUGGAGAAGCAACGUUGCGCGGCAAGGGAAACACCGGCCGGUCUCUGUACAUGCGGGACAUGACGGUGUCCGUUCGUGGCGUACGCCAGAGUCGGCGAAUGGCGGCGAUCGUGAACAAGCCACGGGCGCGAGAAGCUGUUGUGCUGAUGUGUCGGCUCGGCUGUUGUGCUAAUGGUGUCGCUGUGUGAACUUCCUGUUUCAUUGUUGUCCGUUACCCAUAAGGAAAAUGUAAUGCAUUUUUUCGAGCGUUUCCCGAAGAUGUUCAAUAAUGUGUCCCCAAGUAACAAACCCCACGGAAUGCACGGUACGCAUUAAACGGACUGCGAAAUCAG